CUCUGGCCUCCUGGAGGACUGAUCAUCGGUGUCCGGGGCGGUGCAGGAGCGGUGGGCGGGUCUGACGUGAGCAGAUUUUCGGGUUCCCCGUGUUCUGGCCUCGGAGUGCUUUGGCCAUGGGGCAGCAGGAUGUGUGUAGGCUCCUGUGGAGGUGAGUUUCCUUCAUCCAGAAUGCUUGGGCUCAGAGUGUGCGACGAGAUAUUCUGGAGAUGGAUCUCACGUCUAAACACCAACUGCUGUUCAAUUCAUUCAAAAGAACUAAUAUUAUAUUGCAACAUUUGAGAAUGUCAAAGCACACCGAUGCAGCAGGAGAUGUACUGUUGGAAAGGAAAGGUUGUGCAGGAGUGAUAACCUUAAACAGACCGAAGUUUCUAAACGCACUGUCUUUAAGUAUGGUUCGGCAGAUUUAUCCACAGCUAAAGAAGUGGGAACAAGAUCCUGAAACCUUCCUGAUCCUAAUAAAGGGAGCUGGAGAAAAGGCUUUCUGUGCUGGGGGUGAUAUCAAAGUGAUCUCAGAAGCUGCAAAGGCAAAACAGAAGAUGAGUCAAGAUUUCUUCAGAGAGGAAUAUUUGCUGAAUAAUGCUGUUGCUCGUUGCCAGAAACCAUAUGUUGCACUUAUUGAUGGAAUUACAAUGGGUGGGGGAGUUGGUGUCUCGGUUCAUGGGCUUUUCCGAGUGGCUACUGAGAAGACUGUUUUUGCAAUGCCAGAAACAGCAAUAGGACUAUUCCCUGAUGUGGGUGGAGGUUAUUUCUUGCCAAGACUUCAAGGAAAACUUGGAUACUUCCUUGCUUUAACAGGAUUCAGACUAAAAGGAAGAGACGUUUACAGAGCAGGAAUUGCUACACAUUUUGUAGAUUCUGCAAAGUUGAGAACAUUAGAGGAAGAUUUGUUAGCCUUGAAAUCUCCUUCAAAAGAAAAUAUUGCAAAUGUCUUAGAAACCUACCAUACAGAGUCAAAGACUGAUCAAGACAAGCCUUUUAUACUUGAGGAACACAUGGACAAAAUAAACAGGUGGUUUUCAGCCAGUACUGUGGAACAGAUUACUGAGAAUCUGCGGCAAGAUGGCUCACCUUUUGCCUUAGAGCAGUUGAAGGUACUUAAUAAAAUGUCUCCAACAUCCCUAAAGAUUGCACUAAGACAACUCAUGGAGGGGUCUUCAAAGACCUUGGAAGAAGUAUUAACUAUGGAAUAUCGGCUAAGUCAAGCUUGUAUGGGAAGUCACGAUUUUCAUGAAGGUGUUAGAGCUGUUUUAAUUGAUAAAGACCAGAAUCCAAAGUGGAAACCAGCUACUCUAAAAGAAGUUACCGAUGAAGAUUUGAAUAAUCAUUUUAAGUCUCUGGGAAGCAAUGAUUUAAAAUUUUGAGGUGACUGGCUUCUUAAGGUACAUUUUGGAGCAAGGGUUGUCAAACUAUAGCAGGUAGGCCUGCUGUCUAGUUUUUUACAGCCUGCAAGCUAAAAAGUGCUUUCUGCAUUUUUUUAAGUGGUUGGGAAGAGAAAUCAAAGACCGGUAUGUCAUGGUGUGAAAAUUACAUGAAAUUAAAAUACCAGUGUCCACAAGCAAAGCUUUAUUGGACACAGUUGUAUUUAUCUGUUUGCUCUCUAUGGCUAUUUUGCAUAUCCAGCAAAGUCUAAAAUGUUUAUUAUCUGGUCUUUGUCAGAAAAAGUUUGCCAACAUCUGUUGUAGAAGAUGAAAAAAUUCAAAGAUCUUUCAUCAAACCUUAUUGACAUGAGAACUUAGUUUGGCUUUUGGUAGUGUUUUGUAUGUUCAGUAAAUAAACUCAUCAGGUAUAGAUUAUAAAAAAAAUAAACCCCAAAUUUCGUUUUUUGUAUUCAAAUAUUUCAGAUUCCUUCAUAUGUGUGCAUUUUAAAGGAACUCUUCUGCCAGUUAUUUUUAUAAACAUUAGAUAUCAAACCAAAUAAAAUUUUACUAAGGUAUUUCGCUAGUAUAAUUAACUCAGCCUUGGCCUUCCCUGAAGUAACUGAAUACCUUCUGAUGGUAAAAUUUCUUGUUACUUAACUGUUUGCUGAUCUGACAAUGAGAAAUUAGAAAACUCUAAUCUCUGAGAGACACUCUGCUGUUUGCAGCAAGUUUGUGUGAUAGUUAAUUUUUUCCUUCUUGAUUUGAACCUUGUUUAAAGAUAAUUAACUGUAAAUAAGAAUUUUUCAAAAUAAAAAAUCUUCCAAUAAUUUGACAAAAUAAGUGUUUAAGGUAUGCAAGAAAUUUCAAGGUGUUCCAGACUCAGUACCUUAAAUUUCUAGGUGAGAAUACUUUAUUAAAAGGUUAGUUUAUCUUUCAUCCCCUACCCCUCAGAAACCGAGAAUUUCAUGUUUGUAAGAACAAAAGAGAUAUAAAAGAUAUGUGCUCUACCCUUCUCUUAAAUAAGGAAAUUGCAACCCAGAAGUUCCUGCUUUAAGAUUUGACCUGAAACAUUUUUCUGCCAAAAAUCCAAGAACAUACCUGUAAUAAUGCCAUGAUGGACACCUUUACAUUUAUAUUCUGAAAGUUCCUAAAAAUGGACCUGAAUGUUUGAAGAAAUUAGUUGUAUAAAUGGAUUUUUACUCACUUUACUAAUGCAGAAAAAAAUCCUUUAUAUUGUCUACCAGUUGGCAGGUACACAGUAUUGGAAAGCAUUUGCUUAUUCAAGUUAAAUAAGGAUUCAUAGCUAGUUAAUUGCAACUGGAUUUUUAUUGCACAGUUACAAAAAAAACGCUUUCACAGAAAUGUUUGGAAAAAAUAUACCACUUCAUAGCUAAGUCCUACAGGGAAGAGAUUCGAUGCCAGUGCCUGUGGCAUAGCAUGAUUAAGCAAGUACAAAGUUAUAAUGUCUCUAAAUUUUUAUUUCUAAAAUUAUGAAAUACAAAAGUAUAGUUCCUACUACCUCAAAAUGUCAACAAUAUCAAGGAUAUGAGGGUCAUGCUACUUCAUUGUGUAUACUUUUACUAAUAAGGCAGUUUGACACAAAUUAUUCCUUUGGAACUAAGAUAAUUAUUUGUUUUCCCUUUCAAAAUUGUGCUGUUAGUGCUAAUAACCAAAGAGUUUGUGAAGAACUGAUAAGGCAACUAAAAGUGAAGAGUUCCAAGAGCAAAGGCAAGUAACAAAGGUAGCAAGCAGUGCAUAAGAGACAGCUGGGGAAGGCAGCAGUGAAGCGUGUUCACGGGGUUCUGUGACUUUGUAAAUAAGGAAUUGGCACACUUAUUCCUCUUAAUCUGCUUCCACAGUUGCCAUCUGGAAGGAGAGGUUCAGCUACCCCUACACUGGAUGUUCCAAAUGGUUCCCUUUUCAAUAGCUAAACUUUUUUUCAGUCUUCUGUUUUCCAUGUCUCCUUCCCAAACAGUCCUUCUACUCUUUACUUUUCAUGAAAGAAGUCAAAAUGAAGCAAAGCCAAUAUUUCAGUAUAAAGGUACAGAAGACAUAUGCUAUCAAAGCUAUUCUCAUCCAUCUUGUCAUCAAGGUUUUGAUGAGGUAACUAUCACAUGUAAUGUAAAUUUGUUGACUUAGCUCUCUCCUCCUCCCGCCCACCUCCCAUCUACUAACUCACCGAUUAUACAAGCCUU